CUGUUUUGGUCACGCGGUACCUUUUUCUCUUCGCCGAACUUUAUUGACAAUAGUAUUUGUUUUAACACAAUUAUGCCUCUUUGAUGAAGAGUAUCAAACUAUUGGUGAAUAUUAGUGGAUUACCCUUUGAUAGUUGGCUUUUAUAAGUAUGUUGGUAUAGUUUUUGAUAGGAUUAAGUGGUUUUAUGCUGGUUUGGCAUGCUUGUGAAUCUGGGCUACCCAUUAAGUAAGACUACUUAUUAUGUUGAAGGGGGCAGGAAAUAUAUAAUUUCCUUCAUCCGGUUCCUUCUCAAGCAUGGGUGCGUAAAUAUGUGUUUAGUUGCUAAAGUUUAAUUGUCUAUUGAUCAAUAAAUGCACAUCAAUGAACGAGAUAAAAAUAAAAUAAAAAAAUCCCAGCUUUUGGACCCUCACCGGACACCGUCACCGGAAAAUGCUGCGUUCAGGGACAAGCGGUUGCACACUAAUGUUGCACAGAGUCGCUGGGAAGUGUUAAACGGCUAAAAAUGACCACUUUGCCCACUCCUAAAAUAUGGGAAAUAUCAGAUUCUGAUAACGACGGCGACGAAGGGGCUCGAUGCGAUUUAAAAGGUAGCAGUUGUGUAAAGUUCGCUUUAGCUCCGCCGCGAUCUGAUGGCUGUGAGCGGCCGAGUCCGUCUAAAAAACGCCGCUCCAAGCAGGAGCUGGAGGCGGACAAGGAGAAAGCGAAGGAAAGGAAGGACGCUAGGGAGAAGAAGCGAGCUGCUAAAGUGCUAGAAAGGGAGGAGAAGAGGAAGGAACUGCAGAAGAGGAAAGAAGCUGCAGAACAUGUCAACAGUUUGAAGCCAGAGAACUUCAUUAAAUGUUUGACCGUCUGCAUAGAUCCAGUUGUUCUGCAGCAAGAAGGCUCUGACAUUCUGCUGGGCACCUUGUCGUCAAAUGAGUGGAAAUACAGAAUUGAACAACAGCAACUUCCUAACAGCAUCACCUGGACCAGAGAUUUACCUCAGGGUGAGGAUGGCGGUGGAACAGUGGAGGAGGACCAGGUGGUGCAGGUGUUAGGUGCAACGGAGUUCUUGGACAUGCUUAUCUCUGUGAAAACAAUGAUUGACAGUAAAGGGGAGGAUUCCACUCUAUGUCAGGAUGCUGCCAAGGUGGUUUCUCUCUUAGUAACAGACGCUCGGUCCAGUUACAACAGGAGGUGUGGUUAUAAAACAGUACAGUCCAAAUAUGGCGGGGAGAAUGUGGAUGUCGAAGAGGUUCUGGUGUACCUGCAGUUGCAUAAGAACGUGUCUGUGGUCUUCCUUGACGGCUGGCAAGAAGUCACCGAUCACAUCUGUGCCGUCACCAAGUCCUUGUCCAAGCGGCCGUCAAAGUUGCUCUCGGAGAAAGUGGAGCUGCCGUUCUGUGUGGACGGCUCCUGGGGCAGCGGGGCCCGCGUGGAGAAGGACGGCUCCGGGUUGAAACACGUGUGGAGCAAACAGAUCCAACAGCUGAACAGAGUGAGUCCGGCUGUGGCGUCUUGUGUGAGCGCCGCCUACCCGUCGCCUCAACUGCUGCUGCAGGCGUACAAAGCCUCCAGCUCGGAGGAGGACAAAAAGAAGCUGCUGGCCGAUCUGGUAAUAAAGGGCGAAGGAAAAGACCGGCGGGUCGGGCCGGAGAUAUCUGCCAGACUUUAUCGCUGCUUCUCUACUCAGAACCCUGAGCUGGUCCUGGACUAACUGGAAACUCUGCUCUUACGGCUGCUGAACGUCAAAGUGGAUUAUUUGGCGCUAAUGUAAAUGUACACACGGAUCAUGUGACCAGGAAGUCUAAUAAUCAUGAAUGAUUUAAUAAUACAUGUGGAGCAGAGCUUGUCUUUAGGCUUUUAUUUUCUUGGAUUGCCUGAGUAAGAAAGUUGAUAACAAACUUGGCAGAUACAAAAAGUAUAGUAUCAAAAAGCUUUUGUUUUUGGUCUAAUCUGUCAAGUAUGCCUUAUACUGUACAAUUAUUACAAAACAUGAAGAUGUGGCCUAGCUAUAACCGUAUUGACCCGGAUAUAAGACUGUCUAUUCCAGGGGUCCCCAAACUUUUUGACUCUGGUAUAUAUAUAUAUGUCUUAAUUAGAUUAUCCAAAAAAUAGUGCUCGAUACCGUGGUAGAGCGUAAUAUG